AUGACCGGUCCGCAGGGCAGGGAGGCGGUUUUCACCGGACAUGACCAGUCCAACGGUAACGACAUGCCCUCUACUCCUCAGUCGGAGAAGCCAGUGACAUCGCCGCCGCAGUCCCCGCAAGAAUUGCCUCCUGCCGAAAGACCUCAGAACUGGGCGCCCUGGAGAAAAUGGACUUACACAGCAGUUGUCGCAUACUGCGACUGCCUCACCUUCCUAGUAUCAAUGAUGCUAGCCCCCAGCGUGCCGCUAGUCCUGAAGACGUUCCGCCCCAACGGCGACGACAAAGCUCUCGGGUCGUUCUCCGUCAGAGUAUACAUCCUGGGCUUCUGCACCGGUCCAUUGGUCCUCGCACCGCUGACAGAUCUCUACGGACGCAAACCCGUCCUGCUGGUAUCCUCGCUCUUCUUCGCCGCGCUCACAGCCGCGUGCGGUCUGGCACCGAGUCUGGAAUCGCUGAUCGCGUUUCGGUUCUUCGCUGGCUGCUUUGGCGGCGCACCGAUGGCGGUUGGUGGCGCGGUCGUUGCGGAUGUGUACCUGCCGGGGCGGCGAGGUGCGCCGAUGGCUUUCUAUUCUGCUGGGACUAUGAUGGGGCCUACGAUAGGACCGGUGCUUGGGGGAGUCACACAUCUGCCAACCCUGAUCCGUCGCCACCAUCAGAAACCGAAGAGAUGGAGCCGCUUGUGGUCCAAGAGGGAACAAGACGGCACUUCCGUAACGGACGUGCUGGUCAGGACGAUAUCGCUACCUGCGCGGAUCGCCUUCUCCUCUCCACCCUGCGCUGCCAUUCUGCUGAUGAUAAUGAUAUUCAACGGUCUCGUCAACAUAAUAUUAUCGUCGCUCGGAUCGGUAUAUCAGCAUCGCUUUGCGUUUCCCCCGACGACGGCAGGCCUGGCUUACCUCGGCAUCGGAUUUGGUGGAAUCAUGGCACUUGUCACCGCGAAGAGGUUCACCGUCUAUCUUGCUGCUCGUCUGAGUGACGUCGAUACGCGUCGACCAGAACACGUGUUGCCAUUCUUGUGGUUUACCAUCCCACUCGGAAGCGCGGGCCUUCUGUGGUACGGAUGGGCUCUACAAAACCGCUCGCACUGGAUCGUCCCUAUCCUUGGCCUGGCCCCUUUCGGAUACGGGUACAUGAGUCUAGCCACGCAGCUCUUCAUGAUCGAGGUCACACCGGACUACUCGGCUUCUGCGCUCGCAGCUCAUACAGUCGCGUCCUCGAUUGGGGGAGCCGUGAUACCGCUUGCGACCUUUCCGCUCUAUGACGGCGUGGGGUACGGCUGGGGAAAUUCCGUGAUAGCGUUGGUCAUGUCCUCUCUCAUGUCCAUUCCAAUAUGCAUGUAUUUGCUCGCAAGAUCUGGUGGGCGAUGGAGGGCUGGCUUUGUCUCGUGA